UAUUACACUGAAUUUUGUGUUUCUCGAGGUGUUCAAGAUGUUCAAGAUCUGCGUGAGGCGUUCGAGAACCUGCGAGAGGCGCGUUCGUUCUCCCACGACGCGCUAAACUACUCGGCUCCGGGUGGACCACCUUCUCCGCCGCGGAUUAAUCAAUCUUCCCUGCGGGAAGGAUGUCGCGAGGAUCAACAACAGCGACAACGACGACGAAGAAGACGAUGGAAACUCGACAGCUGUUUCCGAUGUACGUCAGACGUCCCUUCCUCGAGGGACGCACCGCCCACGUAUUCCUCCAUAUUCGUCGAUCCGAUAUCGUCGCGCGAAGGCCGAUCGUUCACCCUCCUCGUAGACGAUCGAUCGCCCGUCAUAACGCGGAUCCCGCCGCCCACCUACGCCCAGGCUCAAGACGUCGGUCUCACGACUGCCUCAGUGGAUCCGUUCGUCUCUGUAUCUUCGAACGGAACGAGCGAGUGGCCGCGAGUACCAGUGGCUACGAUAUGCCCUCGAUGCGCAGCGCUCGUUAUCACGGUCGUGACAGUGCGUCGAUCCACGAUCACUCAUCUUACAGCAUUAACUCUCUUUUUAUUCGGAUGUUGGCCCUGCUGCCUAAUACCGUACUGUGUCGACUCUUACACCAACACGGACCAUUACUGUCCCAUCUGCCGCACGUACCUCGGGACUUACACACCGUGAUGACGGAUAUGGAGCACGAGGCAACUUAGAAAGCCCGCUUUCUUGCUCAACGGUAUAUAUUAGGAGUGUGAUUUAGUUUUGAGGGUUUUGCAACAGAUGGCUAUAGUGUCAGUUUGUUCCAAUAG